CAUGUAAUGAAUCUACCAGGACGCAUGGCAGAUCAAUAGUGAGUCGGCAACUCUCUCUCUCUAACUCUACACUCUCUCUCUCUUGGUCACAUGUACUAAUUGCUUCCUUUGGCUGGUGCUUCCUUUGGCUGGUUCUUUCAUGGAUGUAAAACAAUAGUCAGCAGAAGGUUGGUUUGAUUACAAAGGACAGCAGGUGUGAAGGAUUUGCUAAGGUAAUAUCCAACUGGUUAGGAGGGUAGAUAAUGACGAGAUGGAACCAACUGAUUUAGGAUUAUCUCUGGAAUGUUCCAAUCAGUUCAUUCGGACAAAAUUGAAUAAUGAUUCAGGUGCAGGUGUAAAUGCAAGUUCUAGUUUGAACGUGACACUUGUGCCAUCUGACCCCCUAUCUGAAUUAGUUUGGUCUCCGCACAAAGGUCUGGGUCUCAAAUGUGCUGACGGCCGCUUUUCCGAGAAAAAACUUUCCCUUCUAUGGGAUGUGGGAACAAGCAAUAUCGUUCUUUCUCCGCCUGACAAACAAAUAGAUGAGAUAAAUUUGGUUACGUCACAAGCGGCUAAUUUCUACAGGUCUUGUAGAGGAAGUGAUGAUAUAAAUCUAGUGAGUGGAUCAACUGAUAAACACAAUACAGGAACCAGUGAUAACAUGGAUGAAAUGAAUACUCAUGAUGGGGAGCAUCACCCCAGUGCAAAUAACAUUCAAAUUACUAAUGUUGUUAAAACAAUAAAUCACAAUGCAGAUGAAGAAAAUCCUAAAACUUCUGAUUUUCUACCGCCCACAACCAGUGAUCCCAUCACUUUUGGCAUCGAAGAAAGAGAAACAAUGGCCGGGGAUUUUAAUAAAGUGAUGAUGACCGAUCCUGAUGGGAAAAUUGAAGAUCUUGCUAGUGGCAAACGGAAAUUGGGCUUUGAAGUUGCUUUGGCCUCUGAAGUUCGUACAGUGAAACAGAGUGAGGCUCUUGAUAAUGCAGUACAAAACUUAACCUCUGCAGGCAGUAGAUCCAAAGAACUAGCUUUAAUUAUUAAAAGAGAGAGUGAGAACAAGAUGAAGACACAUGAUUCUACUGAUUCUUCCCCUCUGGAGAAGCUAGAUUCCACUGCUGAAAGUGGUUUACGGUUUCCUACUAGUAAAGAUGAUUGUGGGGCGAGUGAAGAGAGAUUUCAAUGGAAGAAUUCUGUUCCACUAGAAACUUCUCCAUUGAAUAGCAGAGUUCAUUUCUGUAGAAGGAAAGGUAAAGAAAAGGCUUUAUCUGAUGGAGAUGCUAACCAAAAAUUGUCAAAAGAAGAGGAUGAAAGUGAUGAGAGCGUUGAAAGUUGUAAUAGUGUUGGGUUGUUUACAGCCGGAAAGAGGCCAUGGAGCUUUGAACAGCUUAAUUUUGUUGGGAGUAAAAGAGUGAAAAAACAAAUCCAAGAAAGUCCUGCUUCAACAUCCUUUGUCAGACAAGAUAGCUCUUUCAUGAAUUGGAUAUCAAACAUGGUGAAAGGCUUACCUAAAUCCACUCAAGAUGAGGCUCCUUCACUUGCUCUUACCCUUGCCAAUCCUUCGCAUGGGCAUGAAAGUCUUAAUCAGGAAAUCGUUGCAUGCAACAAAAACACUGAUCUUGGAAGCAGAAAUAUGGGCUUCCAAUCUCUUUUUCAAUCUUUAUACUGUUCAAAUGCGAAGAUAGUGGAAUCUAGGAUGUCCAGUGGCGUCUACCCAAAAGGAGAUUAUAAAGAUCCCGUGCUGGAUGAGAAAACAUGUAAUGCUAACAUAUCUCUGACAACCUGCCACGGGGAGAAUAAUCAGUUUCGCAAACAGUUCCUUCUAUGUGGAAAUGGAGAUGGUUUGGCAACUCAGCCCAGAAUCCAGUUUGCAACUAUUGCUUCCUCUCAGGAAACCAGCAAGGCAAACUUGGCAGAGGAUAGAACUUCAUGUGACCUGCUGUGCGUUGAGGCAAAAGAUGGAAUACACCCAUCCGACUCCUCCUCGAGUAAAUGCAAGACCAACAGUGCUGAUCCUCCGUCCAAAGGCAAAGCAAUCCAUAGUAUUGGUUACAGGGAAGAUCCUCUGAGGAGUUUGUGGAUUACUAGAUUUUCUGCAAAACCUCUAGGCUCUGUGUUAGAUUUAGAUCAUUAUGACCAGAGAACAAGAAGAGCACUGGAGUGUUCAGCUGACUGCACAAGGCCUACUACUCAAGCUCAAAGUUGUGUUGAUUUUCCCAUUGACCAGAAAGGUUCAGAGGCCAACGAGUACUCCACUGAAGACCCUGCGUUUGCUGGUACGGAAUUGCAGAAAUAUGCUCCCAAAACAGGGGCUGCCUUCAAAAGAAUUCAUGGAUUUGAAGGUCGCCAGUCCACAUUUAAGAUGAACCCUAUUCUACCUUCCCCAAAAUAUAAGAGCUCAGAAGUAAUGGCCUCUGUGUUUGCAAGGAGAUUGGAUGCCUUUAAUCACAACAUACCAUCAGACGUAAAGGAUGAUGCAAUUAACACAACAUCAACUUGUUCCUAUUGCGGCAGAAGUGGCCAUGAGUUACGUGAUUGCUCAGAAAUAACACAAACUGAGCUGGAGGAUCUUCUAAGAAACAUCACUUCAUAUGAUGGAACAGAAGAAUCUUCUUGUUUUUGCAUUAGAUGCUUUCAGCACGAUCACUGGGCUGUUUCUUGUCCCGUGUCAUCCUCCAGCAAGCAAAAUCAACCCGGUGCCUCGUUGGUUAAUCAUCACACUGCUAAAAGAGUACAGCUUCCUCAAACUGCUGGUGUGCAGGUUAUUUGGUUUGGGAAAAAACCUCAAGUGGACACUGGUUUCAAUCUGAACCCAAAAUGCAGCGGGAAGACCCCUGAUAGCAGAUUUUCAAAUUUGAAGCAUAUUACUUCGAGUUCUGGGGAGAAAAGGUUGCAAGAAAAUCAGAACAGAAUUGUGUGCAAUUUUGUCAAUAAACAGAUUUCAGAUGUACCAAAAAGAAUGUUUGACGCUAUGAGGAGGCUUCAUUUGACUCGUCGGGAUAUCCUCAAAUUGCUAAACUCCCAAGUCCCACUCGAUCUGGAUGGUUUUUUCAUACGCGUACGGCUUGGGAAGUGGGAAGAAGGACUGGGGGGAACAGGCUACUAUGUGGCUUACAUAACUGGGUUACAAAGAGAAACAUCGUCACAUAAUUCCACGAAUUCCAUCCCUGUAAACGUUGGGGGUAUCCACUGCACGAUUGAAAGUCGGUAUGUCUCCAAUCAAGAUUUCCUCGAGGAAGAGCUUAUGGCAUGGUUGUUCACAAUCUCGCGAAAUGGUGGCAGGAUUCCAUCGGAAGAGGAGUUGAUAUUAAAAUUUGAAGAGCGAAAAAGGUUAGGCUUUUAGGCGUUGAACGUAGGGUUCAUGCCUCACCUGGCCACAGUAGAUUUAGCGUUUUGGCUCCAUAGAUGAACAUAAAGUAAGCAAGCACUGGGCCGGAUGAGCUACUACGUUGUAUUGUAAUCAAGGUUUCGAAAAAUUUUAGUUUCUCUGUUUUGUAUUGUAGUCGAGGUUUUGAAAAUUUUUGUUAUGGAAUCAUUCAUUGGUAGGUCAAAUUUGAAAAUUCUUGUUGAUGAGCAUCUCAUUGUUGGAACUGGGGUUGAAAUGAAAAUCUCCAACUAGAGAUAUCAAUUGGUUGGUACUUGGUUCAAAUUGCUGUGCAAAAUCUAACUUUAUUAUUUUGCACCCACCUGCUUAUUUUGGUUACAUUAAUGUAUAUGUUAUCUAUGUGGAGAAAAAUAAAUUGGCUUAAA